GAACAGAAUGGAUACUGAAUAGCACGUUUAUUGCCAGUGCAUCCAGGAGAACAACUGGUCAAAUACGCAUAGUUUGGUUUUAACUUAUUGAGCUUCCUCUGCCUGCCAACACGUCACUGGAGUCAGUUGUAUGGAAACUUUAGGAAACUAAGUGCCAGGAUGCGCUUUGCCAGUUGUCCGUGCGAGCCCUGAACUAUUAGAGGCUCGGUACGCUGAAGAGCUGGUUCUGCCGUGACUUCACCCCACUGAGCACAGACACCAGGGAGAGCCCUCAGGAUGGAGAACCAAUCCAGCUGCCCCAAAAUCAGCAUUCCCUGCUACAAUGAGCAGAGAGACAAGAAGAAACGCUAUACCGUUUACAAAGUGAUGGUCAAUGUUGGGCGACAUGAAUGGUUCGUGUUCAGAAGAUAUACAGAAUUUGAUAAACUGUACAACACAUUGAGAAAACAGUUUCCCUCUUUGAAUUUGAAGAUCCCUGCUAAGAGAAUAUUCGGAGACAACUUUGAUCCAGAGUUUAUAAAACAGAGAAGAACUGGGUUACAUGAGUUCAUCCAGAGAAUCGUGUCCCAUCCACAGCUCAGCAACCACCCUGAUGUACGAGACUUUCUGCAGAUGGAUAAAGCAAAGAACUUCUCAGAUGUCUCUGAGGAUGAGGAUGACAAGAACGGUUCUACCUCCAGAAAUAUUAACCUGGGACCAUCUGGAAAUCCACAUGCGAAACCCUCUGACUUUGACUUUCUUAAAGUCAUCGGUAAGGGGAGCUUUGGAAAGGUUCUCCUUGCAAAGCGGAAACGGGACGGGAAGUACUAUGCAAUCAAGGUCUUACAAAAAAGGGUCAUUUUGAACCGAAAAGAGCAAAAACACAUCAUGGCAGAACGCAAUGUGUUGCUGAAGAGCGUGAAGCACCCUUUCCUGGUGGGACUGCAUUAUUCCUUCCAGACAGCGGAGAAGUUAUACUUUGUUUUGGAUUUUGUCAAUGGAGGAGAACUUUUUUUUCACCUUCAGAAAGAGAGAACAUUCCCUGAACCCAGAGCAAAGUUUUACAUCGCUGAGAUGGCAAGUGCACUAGGCUACCUACACGCUCAAAACAUUGUUUAUAGGGAUUUGAAACCAGAAAAUAUCCUGCUGGACUCUCAAGGACAUAUAGUCUUAACAGACUUUGGAUUGUGCAAGGAAGGCAUUUCUCAAGAUGACAAAACUACCACGUUCUGUGGGACUCCUGAGUAUCUAGCUCCAGAGGUACUAAGGAAGCAACCAUACACCAACACAGUGGACUGGUGGUGCCUUGGAUCAGUUCUUUAUGAGAUGCUCUAUGGCUUGCCACCGUUCUACAGCAGGGACACUCAAGAGAUGUAUGACAACAUACUUCACAAGGAGCUGCUGAUGCGACCUGGUGCAUCUACAAUUGCUUGGUCUUUUCUGCUAGGUCUUUUGGAAAAGGACCACACCAGAAGGCUGGGUUACAGAGAUGACUUUAACGAGAUUAAAAGUCAUGACUUCUUCUCCUCCAUCAACUGGGAUGACCUUGAAGAGAGAAAGGUGCAACCUCCAUUCAACCCCAGUGUGGAGUCUCCAUAUGACAUUUCGAACUUUGACCCAGAAUUCACGGAGGAGACUGUUCCGAACUCCCUCUGCAACACUUCAGAUCACUCCAUUGUUAACGCCAGUGUUAUGGAGGCCGAUGAUGCAUUCCUGGGUUUUUCCUAUGCCCCGCCUUCAGACGAUUCUUUCCUGUAAUUGGCUAUGAAAAUGGUGUUGCCACUAACAGUAAUCCACUGAGUGCUUUUUCUUGAGAUCACUUUUCUGUGAUCAUUCUUUCUGAUGAAAAGGGAAGAAUUUGCUCAGUGGAUGGAUCACAGCGUCUUAUAACAUGCAGUGCAUUGAAUUAUUGGGUUUGCAGGGUGUUUCAAAUCUUUGUAUUUUUAUUCACAAAUAAUAGAUUUAUAUUUUGUAUAGCAUUGAACACUUUCCCAUAG